AUGCCGGCUGUGAAAGGAGAUGGUAUGCGCGGUUUGGCCGUUUUUAUAUCCGAUAUUCGAAAUUGUAAGAGCAAAGAAGCUGAACUGAAAAGAAUUAAUCGAGAGUUAGCAAAUAUUCGCAGCAAAUUCAAAGGGGAUAAAAUGAUCGAUGGAUAUCAGAAAAAGAAAUACGUUUGCAAAUUAUUAUUCAUUUUUCUCCUCGGAAAUGAUAUCGACUUUGGUCAUAUGGAAGCGACAAACUUGCUUAGUUCAAAUAAGUAUACCGAAAAGCAAAUCGGUUAUUUGUUUAUAUCGGUAUUGAUAAACAAUGAUUCCGAUUUAAUAAAAUUAAUAAUUCAAUCAAUAAAAAAUGAUCUUCAAUCGCGCAAUCCAGUUCAUAUCAACCUAGCACUUCAAUGUAUUUCAAAUAUUGGUAGUAAAGAUAUGGCCGAAGCAUUUGCUCAGGAUUUACCCAAAUUACUAGUUUCCGGUGAUACAAUAGAUUUCGUGAAGCAGAGUGCAGCAUUGUGUUUAUUGAAAUUGUUUCGUACAUGUCCGGAUGUACUGCCACCAAAUGGAUAUGCAUCACGUAUCGUUCAUUUGCUUAAUGAUCAACAUCUUGGUGUUGUCACAUCAGCCGCAUCAUUAAUCGAAGCACUAUCAAAGAAGUGGCCCGAUGAAUAUAAAGGAUGCAUAUCAUUAGCUAUUUCGAGACUUAGUCGAAUAGUUACAUCGGGCUAUACCGAUUUACAAGAUUAUACGUACUAUUUUGUGCCAGCGCCAUGGCUUUGUGUCAAACUAUUGCGUUUACUUCAAAACUAUCCACCUCCAGAAGACCCGAGCAAUAAAUCGCGUUUAUUGGAAUGUCUCGAAGGCAUUCUCAACAAAGCGAUGGAUGCACCAAAGUCCAAGAAAGUACAGCAUUCGAAUGCCAAAAAUGCAGUUCUGUUCGAGUCGAUCGCAUUGAUCAUUCAUAUGGAUUCUGAACAAAACCUGCUUGUUCGUGCCUGUAAUCAACUGGGCACGUUUCUGUCACAUCGUGAGACAAAUUUAAGAUAUUUGGCAUUGGAAUCAAUGUGUUUGUUGGCCACUUCAGAAUUUUCUCAUCAAGCCGUAAAACGUCAUCAAGAAACAAUAAUAAACAGCUUGAAAACAGAACGUGAUGUAUCGGUAAGGCAACGAGCCGUUGACUUAUUGUAUGCGAUGUGUGACAGAUCGAACGCAGCUGAGAUAGUUUCUGAAAUGUUAUCGUAUUUAGAAACAGCUGAUUAUUCAAUCCGAGAAGAAAUGGUUCUAAAAGUGGCGAUCUUAGCUGAGAAAUACGCGACAGAUUAUACGUGGUAUGUGGAUGUGAUCCUGAAAUUGAUUCGUAUCGCAGGAGAUUACGUGAGUGAAGAGGUGUGGUACCGUGUGAUACAGAUCGUUGUGAAUCGCGAGGAUGUGCAGGGCUAUGCUGCGAAGACUGUCUUCGAAGCGUUGCAACGGCCUGCUUGUCAUGAAAAUAUGGUCAAAGUUGGUGGUUAUAUACUGGGUGAAUUUGGGAACUUGAUUGCUGGUGAUGCCAGAUCGAGUGCACAAGUACAAUUUGAGUUACUUCAUACUAAAUAUCAUCUUUGUUCGAUUGCAACACGAUCGCUCCUUCUGUCAACGUACGUGAAAUUCUGCAAUCUGUUUCCAGAAAUUAAAAGAACAAUACAAGAGGUGUUUCGAAACGACCACAAUCUGCGCAAUCCAGAUGCAGAGUUACAACAACGUGCCGUUGAAUAUUUGCAGUUAUCACAUAUUGCAUCACCGGAUGUCUUGGCAACGAUCCUCGAGGAAAUGCCACCAUUCCCGGAGAAAGAGAGUUCAUUGUUGGCAAAACUCAAAAAGUCGAAACCACGCGUCGAAGAACUGGAAAAUCAGACAGCUGAGAAGAAACAACGACCAGUUGCUGUAAUGAGUAGUCAUGAUGAUAAACGAUCAACCAUAACGACAGCAAUAGAAAACAGCAGCGGCAACAGUCAACAGUUGCUUGAUAUCGAUUCGGAUGCGAACACAUUGGUUGAUAUAUUUGGGAAUAAGAAUGUAACAAAUAUGAAUACUUCGAAUGAUGCACUUAUAAUGAGUAAUAAUGAGGCAGUGCACAUCGAUAAUCAAACAGAUGUGCUGAAGUUUGUUACCAAAACGAACGGUGUUCUGUUCGAGGAUGCACUCAUUCAAAUCGGUUACAAACUUGAAACACGCGCAAAUCUGGCACGUUUGGGAAUGUUCUAUGGCAAUAAAACGAACAACUCGUUCAUCGAUUUCUGUCCGUCCGUUUCAUGUCCUGGUGCACUUGUUUCGCAACUUAUUGUACAGUGUAAACGAGUGGACAGCAUAAUAAGCGGCGGUUCACAAGUGCAGCAGUUGGUGAAUUUCGUUUGUGAGUAUGAAUUCACGACGAAUCCAUUGCUUCAUCUCGUUUUUAAAUAUACCGACUCGAGUGGUCGACAACAGUUAUUCGAUAAAAUUUUUGCACUUCCGAUAUUCUUGAACAAAUUCUUCGAGCCGACGGAGAUGACUACUGAGCAAUUCUUUUCGCGUUGGAAACAGUUGGCAUUGCCCGCGCAAGAAAGUCAAAAAAUUUUUGCAGCCAAAAUGCCAAUGGAUUCGGAACAGAUAAAAACAAAGUUGAUUGGUGUUGGAUCGAAACUGUUGCACAACGUUGACCCGAAUCCGGAGAAUUUCGUUUGUGCUGGUAUUAUCAAUACAAAAGCACAGCAGAUUGGUACGCUGAUUCGAUUAGAGCCGAAUAAACAAGCAAAAAUGUAUCGAUUAACAAUUCGUAGUUCUCGUGACACUGUUGCCAAUUACCUCUGUGAAUUGUUAUCUGAACAAUUUUGA